AUGGAGGACACCAGCGCGGCACUACGAGCCGCCGAGAAGCUCGUCGAAGCCCUCAAGGGCCAUCCUCGGGCGUCGGAGGCCGAGCAUGUGGCUCUGCUUGAACGCAUCGAUAGGGUGCGCGCCCUCCUUGAAACGCCGUACGAUGUGAUCGUGAAGCAGCAGGAGGAGAUGAGCGCGGCCGGUGCUAUGUACACCCUUAUCAUGACGGGCGCCAUCAAGAAGGUCCCGGACGAAGGGACCAUCACGGCAGAGAGGCUUGCGGCCGAGAUGAACAUGGACGUCUCAGCGAUUCAGCGGUUGAUGCGCGCAGCCAUUGUCGCCGGCUUUUUCACUGAAACGGCACCCAACACGUACGGGCACAACAAGCUGUCGCAGGCGUACCAGCUCCACGCGCAGGGACCCUUCUUCCUUCUCUGCAUGGACUUCAACAGGAUGUGCUUGGCGCUGCCCGACUACUUCAAGACGCACAAGCCCGAGGAGUUGUACGACCCGAAGAAGUCGCCGUACUGCUUCAGCGUUGGUAAGGAGGGGAAGACAUUUUACGAAGCAAUCGACGAGAACCCGGAGCGGCGGAACAUCUGGAACGUGUCCAUCCAGAUCUUUGAGAAGAACAUGCCGGUCUCUGGCAUGUUUCCGUGGGAGUCGCUCAAGGCACAGGUGGAGAAGGAGCCGGAACGGGCCUUCGUCGUCGAUGUGGCCGGUGGCCGGGGGCAGGCUUUGCUGAAGCUUCAGGAGGCAAUCCCUGGCGCCUAUGGCGGGAAGCUCAUCCUGCAGGAUCUGCCCAUCGUCAUUGACACCCUGAAGCCGGAGGACAUCCCGAACAUUGAGCCAAUGGCGUACGAUAUGUUCACCCCUCAGCCGGUCAAGAACGCGCACGUCUACUUCAUGCGGCGACUGCUCCACGACUUUUAUCCUCCCGUCUGCGUCGACAUCAUGAGGAACACGGUCUCGGCCAUGGGCCCAGAUUCCCGCCUGAUCGUCUGCGACAUGUUGAUGCCGGAGAAGGUUGAGCCGGGCCGGCUUAAGGAGCUGUACUGGCUUGACUUGACCAUGAUGUCAAUCAGCGGGAAGGAGAAGACGCUGGACGAGUUCAACCAGAUGUUUGACGCCGUGGGCCUGGAGCUGGUCAAGGUGUGGCCGUAUGCUAGCGGCGCGACUGUGCAACUCGAGACUAGACUGAAGUGUUCGUAA